UCCCCCGCCGCCGCUGGCCCCGGUACCCCACUCCAUGGCCGCCUCGGCGCCGCCCCCACCGGACAAGCUGGAGGGAGGUGGCGGCCCCGCACCGCGCCCUACGCCACCCAGCACCGGGAGGAAGCAGGGCAAGGCCGGCCUGCAAAUGAAGAGCCCAGAAAAGAAGCGAAGGAAGGCAAACCAGGGCCCUGCAUACUCACAUCUGACGGAGUUUGCGCCACCCCCGACUCCCAUGGUGGAUCACCUGGUUGCAUUCGACCCUUCUGAGGAUGACUUCGGAGCCCCUAUGGUGGGGGUCGCAGCCCCUCCAUUCCUGGGCAGUCCUGUCCCCUUUGGGGGCUUCCGUGUACAGGGGUGCAUGGCAGGCCAGGUACCCGCAGGCUAUGGCACUGGGGGUGGAGGAGGCCCCCAGCGUCUUCGUCGACAGCCCCCGCCUUUCCCUCCCAACCCCAUGGGCCCUGCUUUCAACAUGCCCCCCCAGGGCCCUGGCUACCCUCCCCCAGGCAACAUGAACUUUCCCAGCCAACCCUUCAACCAGCCUCUGGGUCAAAACUUCAGCCCGCCUGGUGGGCAGAUGAUGCCAGGCCCCAUGGGGGGAUGUGGCCACACAAUCUCACCCACCAUGGGACAACCUCCCAGAGGGGAGCUGGGCCCCCCUUGUCUCCCCCAACGCUUUGCCCAGUCAGGGGCACCUUUUGGCCCUUCUCCUCUCCAGAGACCUGGUCAGGGUCCCCAGCUUGCCCCCAACACAGGCCCCUUCCCUGGUCCAGACCCUGGCUUUCCUGGCCCUGGCGGUGAGGAUGGGGGGAAGCCCUUAAAGGCACCUGCUCCCACUGCUUCUCCCCAGGAGCCCCACUCAGGCUCCCCAGCUGCUGCUGUUAAUGGAAAUCAGCCCGGUUUUCCCCCAAACAGCAGUGGGCAGGGUGGGGGCACCCCAGAUGCCAAUAGCCUGGCACCCCCUGGCAAGACAAGUACGGGCUCAGGGCCCCAGCCUCCCCCAGGCCUGGUGUAUCCAUGUGGUGCCUGUCGGAGUGAGGUGAACGACGACCAAGAUGCCAUUCUGUGUGAGGCUUCCUGCCAGAAGUGGUUCCACCGCGAGUGCACAGGCAUGACUGAGAGCGCCUAUGGGUUGCUGACCACUGAGGCCUCUGCUGUCUGGGCCUGCGAUCUCUGCCUCAAGACCAAGGAGAUCCAGUCUGUCUACAUCCGCGAGGGCAUGGGGCAGCUGAUGGCUGCUAACGAUGGGUGA